AUGGCGCUCGUUAGACCUGAUUCCGCACCCGACUACACAAUCAAGCCAGAGGCUGCUGCUGCUCCCAUUGACACCAGCGACUGGCCACUGCUGCUCAAAAAUUACAGCGACUUGCUCGUCCGAACCGCGCAUUUUACUCCUAUCCCCGCAGGGUGCUCGCCACACGCUCGUGACCUGAAGCAAUAUGUUAGCUCAGGUGUUAUUAACCUUGACAAGCCGUCGAACCCCUCCUCCCACGAGGUUGUAGCUUGGAUCAAGCGCAUCUUAAGGGUGGAGAAGACUGGUCACAGCGGUACUCUCGAUCCCAAGGUCACUGGCUGCCUCAUCGUCUGCAUCGAUCGCGCGACUCGUCUGGUGAAGUCUCAGCAGGGAGCCGGAAAGGAGUAUGUUUGCGUUAUACGCUUGCACGACAAGCUCCCCGGUGGCGAGGCUCAAUUUGCUCGCGCUCUGGAGACCCUCACCGGUGCCCUCUUCCAGCGACCGCCGCUCAUCUCCGCUGUUAAGCGCCAGCUCCGUAUCCGCACUAUCCACGAGAGCAAGCUGUACGAGUUCGACAAUGAGAGGCAGCUUGGUGUGUUCUGGGUGAGCUGCGAAGCAGGAACUUACAUCCGUACGCUAUGUGUGCAUUUGGGUCUGCUUUUGGGUGUUGGUGCACAUAUGCAGGAGCUGCGCCGUGUGAGGUCUGGAGCUAUGGACGAGGGCAAGGACAUGGUAACGCUGCACGACGUUAUGGAUGCGCAGUGGAUGCAGGACAACAACCGCGACGAGGAAUAUCUGCGCUACGUGAUCUCGCCACUGGAGACUUUGUUGACCAGCUACAAGCGCAUUGUUGUCAAGGACAGCUCGGUCAACGCCAUCUGCUAUGGUGCCAAGCUCAUGAUUCCUGGACUCCUUCGCUUCGAGAAGGGCAUUGAGCUUCACGAGGAAAUCGUUCUCAUGACCACCAAGGGUGAAGCUAUUGCUCUCGCCUAUGCGCAGAUGUCUGCUGUAGAGAUGUCUUCCUGCGACCACGGUGUUGUUGCACGCAUCAAGCGUGUCAUCAUGGAGCGCGAUUUGUACCCACGACGAUGGGGCUUGGGUCCUGUUGCGACCGAGAAGAAGAAGAUGAAGGAGAACGGUACCCUUGACAAAUUUGGCCGUACCAACGAGAAGACGCCUACUACGUGGACCACCAACUACAAGGACUAUGACCAGCAGAACCAAGGAUCCGCCGAUGUUACUAUGGGUGAGACCACUACUACCAGCGAGGUCCUUGCAGCUCCUCCUGUCCCGCCAACGGGCCUGGACGCCGAUGGAGAGGCUGAGGCCGAAGCUGAGGUUGCCAAGAGCAAGAAGCGUAAGAGCCGUGGUGAUGAAGACGAGACUACCGAAGACAAGGCUGCUCGCAAGGCCGCAAAGAAGGCGAAGAAGGAGGCGAAGGAGCUCAAAAAGGCCGAAAAGGCUAAGAGGAAAUCCAAGGGCGGCGAUGAAUCUGAAGAUUCCGACUAA